AGUUCAUUAUUUUGAUAUUCAAAUCAUUGAUUCACUCCAACGUAUUGUAAAACAACAACUUACGAGUGUUAGUUUAUCAUUUGAUAAGUGGUCAGCCGCGUGGUGCGAGGUAUUUCACGGGAGGAAUGUCCUUAAACGAACUUAAGAGCAGACGAUGUAAUAUGCAAUGGAACAUAAUAUAUGACCAACGAAAUAUAGAAAUGAUGCACCAGUCUCUUCCAUUGAUUUUUGUGGAAUCAGGAAGGAGAAAAUUUUUAGUGGAGGAAGUCGGAGUUGGUAGCAUUGGUCCUGGGGUGACAGCCACGCAGCCCCGGGCAGGAGGGGACCGAAACUGACCAGUGAAGAUUGCUCCCCGUCAUGUAAGGUUAUCGUGCGACAUUGCUGACAAGAUUAGCAUGAACGGUCAAACCGACACCUGCGUAAGAGAAAUGGUGAGACACGUCAUACAAAACAUGGAGGACUUUCAACAAAGCCUAGAUUCCAUGGUUAAAGAUCUCCAAUGCCUCAUUCAAGACAUUGAUACGGUUACGACUGACAUUCAGGAAAGAGUGGACCGGAAGUCGAUCAAACGCUGCAAUCACCCAAGUGAUCUUGGAUGUCCACGUCGUGAAAAUGCUGUGCGAAAAUUAUUGGACAGUGUUCGAAUCGUUGACGAAUCCCCGGACCUUGACUUGUCAUACCUUCAAAUAACGUCUUCAUACCAGCGUCCGAAAUGGGGAAGAUCUCUGUCUUUUCCAGUGUCAUCUUUCAAACUUUCAACCUUGGUAAAUCCAAAAGAAGAAUUUCGGGAAGAAUAUAACGCAACAAGCUAUGUCUGUGAUAUUUAUAAUGUCGAAGAACAUUCUAGACACGUGCCUAACCUAAGAACCACGAGGUGCACUGCGCAACUGAAAGCUUCUGCUAAGAUUAAAAUCAUUCCAGAAUUUAAAAGUUCGUUAUCAACCAUAGACAAACAUAGUUCUGCAUCUAGUUCAAGUGGUACAUACAAAGAAAUACGCUCCAUUAAAAGAUCGAUGUCCUUAUUUGAGACAUCCUCGCAUAACAUGGUUUUGGGUCCAAGGAUGAUGGAAAAUAGUGGAAGGAAUCAUCCAAUGAUUACCGACAGUGUAGUUGAAAAUAUUCCACAAAACAUGGUGGAAGCGACAACCCAGACAAGCUUUGGAAUGGACAGAUUUGACUCCUCGACCGCUGACGUUAACUGUGACGUGUUCUGUAAUGUGCCUGAACCUCCGUACAUGGGCUCGUAUGAACGUGAAAUGGAAACAGAGCUGGAAAAUCUAUUUGAAUUCCAUCAACAAUUCCGUGACCCUGACAUUGAUGACUGGGUGAUGGAGACCGGAAAUUCCACCACUCUCUCGGAUGACGAUAUCGAGUUCGAUAAAGAAGUUAAUUCCUUGGUGUCUUUCACUCUGUCUAAUACUGUGAAAUCUUCGCAGAGUUCCGAAAGCAGCUUUUCAGCAUCUGAAUCAGACAUCAUCAACCACAAUACCCAAGCAACUACCAUGUACGGCAACCUGAUUUUUUCUGAUAAUCUAGUCAUUUUGCCAAACGAAUCUCGAGAAGUCACGAAGAGGUUUGAUGUAUGAUGAAGGACAAAUAAUAAAUAUGAUAACGAUA